AUGGAGAUCCGGCCGGACAGGUUUAAGGUCGUGGCAGCCAAGACUCUCGGGAAAAUAUACGGAGCUCUUGAGAAGAAGCAGGAAAAUGGCGAGACCAUCGAGCUGUCGGCGGAGGGCCGGCCGGAGCUGGUGGAGGAGAAGGAGAUGCCCAUAGUGGACUGCACAUGCUUCGGACUGCCCAGGCGCUACAUCAUCGCCAUCCUCUCCGGCAUUGGCUUCUGCAUCUCCUUUGGUAUCCGGUGUAACUUGGGCGUGGCCAUCGUCAGCAUGGUCAACAGCCACACCAUCUUCAGAGACAACAAGGAGGUCGUAGUGAAAGCUCAGUUCGACUGGGAUCCAGAAACAGUGGGAAUGAUCCACGGCUCCUUCUUCUGGGGAUACAUAGUAACCCAAAUCCCAGGAGGGUUCAUCUGUCAAAAGUUUGCAGCAAACAGAGUGUUUGGCUUUGCCAUAGUGGCCACGUCUUGCCUGAACAUGCUCAUCCCUACAGCAGCGCGGAUGCAUUUUGGCUGUGUUAUCAUUGUCAGGGUGUUUCAAGGACUUGUGGAGGGGGUUUCAUAUCCGGCCUGUCAUGGUAUUUGGGCAAAAUGGGCACCGCCUCUUGAAAGAAGUCGCCUGGCCACGACAGCCUUUUGCGGUUCUUAUGCUGGUGCUGUGAUUGCCAUGCCAUUAGCUGGAAUACUAGUCCAGUACUCAGGGUGGUCAUCAGUCUUCUAUGUCUACGGAAGUUUUGGGGUCAUGUGGUAUUGCUUCUGGUUCCUGGUGUCUUACGAAAGUCCAGCAGCCCAUCCCACCAUCACUGAGGAGGAGAAAAAAUAUAUUGAGGAAAGCAUUGGCGAGACUGCUCAACAGUCAAUAACGAAAUUCAACACACCAUGGAGGGCCUUCUUUACGUCCAUGCCAGUGUACGCCAUCAUCGUGGCUAAUUUCUGCAGAAGCUGGACUUUCUAUUUGCUUCUCAUCAGCCAACCUGCGUACUUCGAGGAGGUGUUUGGGUUCGAGAUUAGCAAGGUGGGCAUAGUUUCCGCACUUCCCCACCUCGUCAUGACCAUCAUCGUGCCCAUUGGUGGCCAGAUUGCUGACUAUCUGCGCUCCAACCAAAUCAUGACCACCACGAACGUCAGGAAACUUAUGAACUGCGGAGGGUUUGGGAUGGAGGCAACCCUGCUGCUGGUGGUGGGCUUCUCUCAUACGAAAGGUGUUGCCAUUACAUUCCUGGUCCUGGCUGUGGGUUUCUCCGGCUUUGCCAUUUCAGGUUUCAAUGUCAACCAUCUGGACAUUGCACCACGCUAUGCUAGUAUCCUCAUGGGUAUCUCCAAUGGUGUGGGCACUUUGUCUGGUAUGGUUUGCCCACUUAUAGUUGGUGCCAUGACGAAGCAUAAGACACGGGAGGAGUGGCAGGGUGUGUUUCUUAUUGCCUCGCUCGUUCAUUAUGGAGGUGUUAUAUUCUAUGGAAUCUUUGCAUCAGGAGAGAAGCAAGCUUGGGCGGAGCCGGAGCAGCUGAGUGACGAGAAAUGCGGCAUCCUGGAUGAGGACGAGCUCGCAAACGAGACGGAGGAGCUGUACCGCACAAGUGGCGGAGCAGGCUACGGAGCCAUGAACCAGGGAGCGGAUCCCAACGGAGGCGGAGGCAUGGCAGGAGGAGGCUGGGUCUCAGACUGGGACAAAACCGAGGAGUACGUCCAACCAGCCGGAACCAAUAAUUACCUUUAUGGAGGAGAGGGGGACAGAGAGUUAACAUAAAACCAGCAGCGUCCCCUGCAGCCAGGAGUGAGGCAGGAACAGUACAUCAACAGUGUGGAGUUUCACAUGAUGGCCUGAAGAACUUUGGAAGUGCGGAUCUAAAAAAGGAAUGCGGGAGGGGACCAUUUUCAACAAGCCUGACUGUAUCAUAACAGAACUGAAUUCAAAGAGACACAACAGUGAAGGUGAAGACAGCAUUAGGAAAUGUAAAAUGUGUGUUUGUGUGUGAUUGCAGCUGUGUACCUUGUGUGACAGACAAUCUAAGUCAGAGUGUUUUGUUCCUCCCUGCCAUCACUCUCGGAGGAGGGCUGUGUUUUAGGCCUGGUGUGGCUUUCUUUGAUGUUUAUUCACUGUAAUAAUUGUAGGAGUUUCUAUAUUAUCUAACAGGAUUUGGAUUUCAUUUGUAUGCCUCUCACUUGUAUUUGAUCCUUCAAGAUUACAAAUCUCUUGGUGCACAUUGGUCACAAGCGCAUUUCUGCUGUUGGGUGAAAACCUGCUCAGUCCAAUUGGUUUUAAAAAUGGAGCUACAUGGUUUUCACACAAUGUUACGAAAGCUAUUAAAACAAUGUUAAUUUUUGUCCUUAAUGUGCACACUUUUAAGAAAAAGCAUGUUCCUUGUGCCAAUACAACAAAAUAUUUUUGCUCUAUAGUAUUGGUUUACUCCUCUACUGAGAAAGUAAUUGAGCACCUGCAAAUAUUACUGUACACAGCUUUUUUGUGAAGUCUGAAUAGCCCACACUGACGUUUGCAGCUGUAGCAUUUUGAUUUCCUCAUGCAAAAAUGUUUUAUGUGCAAGGCCUCGAACCUGUCUGCCUGCUGACAUACUGGGGAAUAUAAAUGCCUCAUAAAGGACAAGAAGGAAUGUCAUUAUCCGGGGUAAUAACGAUCCUGUAUCAAAUUAGUUUCUUAGUUUAGAGCCACUUUUUUCUCUUCUUCAAAAUCCAACAUUUGAAAUUCGUUCAAUAAUCUUUACAGGUAGCCUAUGCUUCAUUAAUGUUAUUCUAUCAUGUUACUGUUGUGUUCAGGCAAUUCAUGCUGUAAGUGUAAACAUCAGGAAAUGCACUUUGCUGUCACCACAUAACCUAAAAACCCCAAUACAUACCGGCCUCUGCUGCGGCUCUGUCACAGUGACAAAGCACAAAAACCUGUGAGCCGAAGCUGCUGUGUGGGGCCAGUUAGUAUGUAGCAUAAUAUCAUAGUUAAAAACAGCCACACCCAUCGAAAAUAAAAGGCUAAUAAUGGACAAGACAAUGACAUUUCACUGUACAUGGGCAGUUUGUUGCAUUCAUUUUUGUUAGUCGAUGUUGUAAUGUAUCUAGCUAGCCCCAGAAUGAAGGUUAAAGAUUAAAAAGUAUCCUUGUGUUAGAUCAUGGAAUGGUAUCACUUUGGCUGACACUGUUUCACUGAGUGGGGUUUCUGAUAGAUUAAAUAUUAAAUGUUAGGGUUUUUACUGUUUUUGUCAUUUUUCAUUCAUUUCUUGUUAAAGGUUUUGUUCUGGAUUUUAAACUUAAACUGUAUAUGUGAAAGUCAUGUACAUGUGGAAC